AUGGUCGAACAUCCAUGUACAAAAUGUGGCAAAAGCUUUUCCAAAUUAUGGAAAUUUCGUCGCCAUAAUAAAAGACAAUAUAAAUGUCGACCGAAAGUAAUUCCUCAAAUUACAAUUCUCCAAGUCAAAGACCAAGACAUUCCUCCUACUGUUACCCAUAUUCGAGGAAGAGAUCGAAGACGAGAAAUAACAAAAAGAAAUAAAUCACCAAUACUAAUUUUCCAAGAAGCUGGCCCAGGCCCCGCAACCCAAGCCUAUAGAAAAAACAUAGCUUCACAGAACAAACUUCAAGAGGCAAUAAAAGAUGGUGAUGUAGAACUGAAACAAUCUGAUAUUCAGCCAGAUUUAAUAAAAGAAAAAUAUCUUAGAGCAGAUAAAAAUGCCCCCAAAGGCAAUAUCCGAUUUGAGAAAAAUCUGCUGAUUCAUCAAGGCCUCAUAAAAAUCCUUCAUUAUUAA